GGAAUUGAACUGGUGCCUAUAAGAAGAGAAGGAGGAAGUCAGCCUGACCAACAUCACAGAUAAAGGGAAACUCAGAGGAAAAGACUCUGUUUGGGUCAAAUCUACAACUCAUUCAGAAUCAUCCGAGUGAUACGCGAACGUAUCUCCGGGACGGAGUCUCUUCUUCCUCCUUCGCAUCUACUCCAAGGGGCGUGGAAGGCAUCUGGCGCGUUUGUGAAACGCGUUUUCACAGUAAAGCCGGAGUGUUCUCUCUAGGCUAUUCUCGACCAGAAGCCUGCAACGUCCUCCUCCCUAACUUGAAUGACCUCAGUGCCGUUGGAUUACCUCAUUGAGUGUAUUUGAUCUAAUAGCGGAUUCUUUCCCUGCUUCUAUCUCAACAGCAAAACACAGCUAAUAAUUUCCAUUGCUCUUUUUUUUAAAUUCACUCAUAAAGCUUAAAAAAAAAAAUCACAAAUUUGCAACUUUUUGAAGGACUCCUACAAAAGCUUUACAAAAGUAGUCCGCCAAAAAAAUGGCCUCUGUGAUGGAAGCAGCAGACAUAGCAGUGGUAGCAUUGUAUUUUGUCCUGGUGCUACUCAUUGGGUUUUUUGCCAUGUGGAAAGCUAAUCGCAGCACUGUGAGCGGCUACUUCCUGGCUGGACGCUCCAUGACAUGGAUAGUUAUCGGCGCAUCCCUCUUUGUCAGUAACAUCGGCAGCGAACAUUUCAUAGGCCUGGCUGGCUCAGGAGCAGCAAGCGGCUUUGCUGUAGGAGCAUGGGAAUUUAAUGCUCUGCUGCUUCUGCAGCUGCUUGGCUGGGUGUUUAUCCCUGUGUAUAUCCACUCGGGAGUCUACACCAUGCCUGCAUAUCUGUCAAAACGUUUUGGUGGCAACAGGCUAAAGGUUUACUUUGCUUGCUUGUCUGUGCUACUUUACAUUUUUACUAAGUUGUCGGUGGACUUGUAUGCCGGAGCUCUCUUUAUUCAGGAGUCCCUGGGGUGGAACCUUUAUUUGUCCAUUGUUCUGCUCAUCGGUAUGACUGCCCUACUCACUGUCACUGGUGGACUAGUUGCAGUGCUGUACACAGAUGCCCUUCAGGCAGUGUUGAUGAUCGGAGGAGCUCUUACCUUAACCAUCAUUAGCUUAGUGAAAGUUGGUGGCCUAGAGGGUGUCAGAACCAAGUACAUGCAGGCAGUUCCCAAUGUUUCUGCCAUCAUCGCAGCUGGAAACUACACUUAUUCACCUUCUUGUCGCAUUGAGCCUAAACCAAACUCACUACGCAUCCUUCGUGGACCCCUGGAUGAAGACAUCCCUUGGCCAGGAUUCAUUCUGGGCCAGACCCCUGCAUCCAUUUGGUAUUGGUGUGCAGACCAGGUCAUUGUUCAAAGAGUGCUAGCUGCAAAGAACAUUGCUCAUGCUAAAUGUUCAACACUCAUGGCUGGAUUUCUCAAGAUCCUGCCCAUGUUUGUUAUAGUCAUUCCAGGGAUGAUCUCCCGCAUCAUGUUUGCAGAUGAAAUUGCCUGCAUUGGGCCAGAACACUGCAUGUCUGUGUGUGGUUCUCAGGCUGGCUGCUCGAACAUCGCCUACCCACGCCUGGUAAUGGCAGUGAUGCCUGUGGGACUCAGGGGUCUUAUGAUGGCUGUCAUGAUCGCUGCUCUGAUGAGCGAUCUUGACUCAAUCUUCAAUAGUGCAAGCACCAUCUUCACCUUGGAUAUCUACCAAACUGUGCGGAAGCAGGCAUCUCAACGUGAGCUGCUGAUUGUGGGCCGCUUGUUUGUUGUUCUCAUGGUAGCAAUCAGCAUUGCCUGGGUGCCAGUUAUCAUUGAGAUGCAAGGUGGACAGACAUAUCUGUACAUCCAAGAAGUCGCUGGCUACCUCACUCCACCCAUCGCCGCCCUUUUCCUGCUCGGUGUGUUCUGGAAAAGGUGUAACGAGAAAGGUGCCUUUUGGGGAGGAAUGACAGGUUUCACGCUUGGUACCACACGACUGAUUCUUGCUUUUAUCUACCGUCAACCUCGCUGUGACCAGCCAGAUGAUAGACCUGCCUUCAUCGUUCAUGUUCACUACAUGUAUUUUGCAGCUGGCCUCUUCUGGAUUUCAGGGCUGGUGGCAGUGGCAGUCAGUCUCUGCACCUCUCCGCCAGACGAUGAGCAGGUUCGCACCACUACAGUCUGGGGGCUUCGCAACCUUGAAAUGGUCCCCUCAAAGGACCGAGAGGAGAUGUACCACCUGACUGAGAAGAGCCACCGUAACGGCGCUGGAAGCCUUCAUAAACCAAUGCCCCCAGAUGUAAAAAAGGAGAAGUGCUUAGAUGGAGCUGAUAUUAAACUUUUGGUCCCAUCCGCAGACCAUGAUCCAGCAACCUCCAGUGCAGAAACGUCUCCUGCCACCACCCCUGCUGAACAUCUUGGUUUUGGGAAGAUGGACAUGAUCAGAGCAGAGGAGGGCUGUCGUGGAAAAGGGCAGAGGAGUUGGUUCUGGCGUUUAUUUAACUGUUUUUGUGGAUCUCAAGAAGACCAACAAAGCGCUCAUCAAAAAGUGAUACAGGAAGAUCCAAGAGUCAUCGCAGAGAUGCUGUAUGAGCCACCAAAAGUUAAAAUUCUCCUAAACUUAGGCUUGAUAUGUGUGUGCUCUGUGGGCAUCUUCAUGUUUGUUUAUUUCUCACUGUAGCUGAACGUUGAACUGAACUGACUGGAACUGGGAGCUUUUGCAAAGGUGGAAGUUACGUGGGAGGUUUUGGGCUGUUACAAACAGUUGAACUGUCAGAGAUUUCAAGAAGCUCUGUAAUAUUUACAGAUGUCUUUUGUAGCUCUCUAACAGGGAUUCAAGCUUAUUCUAAUAUUUUUUUAAAUGAUUGAUGCUUCUCCACAUAAAAAAAAUUGUAUACCUUUAAUAUGUUAAAUCUUAUUGUUGUUAAUCUUUCAUUCAAAAUACCAACUAAGAUUUUUAGAAUUGUUGUAAGUGAAUUUAAUAUUUGCCUUAUUUUACAUAUGCACUGUUUUUUUAUUGUAAAAACAAAAACAAACAAACAGCAAAUCAAAUAUACUGUGAUUCAAGCUUUUUUAUCUAGCUGACAGUCAUUUUAGGAUUAUCUUCUGGUAAUAACUUUAAAUAUCCAGACCUCGUUUUCCAUAAGAGGUGAAGAAGAAAACAAGAAAUGCUUAGCGGCUGGUGCGCAACAAACCAGUAUGUUUUCAGUAAUAAUUAAAAAAAUUCUGUUUUGAAUUGGCCAAGUUUGCAUCUAGAACCACUUUAUCAAGCUAACAGUUACUAUUUGAUAAAGAGUUGUAUAUUUUUUUCAGCCCAAAAAAAGAAGCACAAUAUCAAAAACUAUGUUCUUUUCCAUUAAUUAAAUACUUAUAAGUUUUGUUUUAUUUGUUUGUUUGUUUUUUCAAUCUUGCAA